GAGCUAGAUUUCUCGUUUCUUAUUAUAUCUUCUUUUCCCUUCUUUUUCUGGCCGGUUAAGGGAGCAGUCUGCCAUCUAAAUUAUUGGUGGUCUUCGCUUCCCUCGGAUCGAUCGCUGUCGCCGCCGUCGCCCUGUAUCUUCUUCCACUCGGAGGGUUUGGAGGAAGAGAUUAGUGGAGCGCAAUGUCAUCACUAAGCAGAGAGCUGGUGUUUCUGAUUCUGCAGUUCCUCGACGAGGAGAAGUUCAAGGAAACAGUUCACAAGCUUGAGCAGGAGUCUGGCUUCUAUUUCAAUAUGAAAUAUUUUGAAGAUGAGGUUCACAAUGGGAAUUGGGAUAAUGUAGAGAAAUAUCUCUCUGGAUUUACUAAAGUUGAUGACAAUCGGUACUCCAUGAAGAUUUUUUUUGAAAUACGGAAACAGAAGUAUCUCGAAGCAUUAGACAAACAUGACCGAUCAAAAGCAGUUGAAAUCCUUGUGAAGGAUUUGAAGGUCUUUGCCUUGUUUAAUGAGGAGCUAUUUAAGGAAAUCACUCAGCUUCUAACUCUAGAAAAUUUCAGGGAAAAUGAGCAACUUUCAAAGUAUGGGGAUACCAAAUCAGCAAGGACAAUAAUGCUUGUUGAACUUAAGAAGCUAAUUGAAGCAAAUCCCCUAUUCCGAGAUAAACUGCAGUUCCCAAACCUAAAAAAUUCUAGGUUGCGCACCUUAAUUAACCAGAGUUUAAACUGGCAGCAUCAACUGUGCAAAAACCCGAGGCCAAAUCCAGACAUAAAGACUCUUUUUGUUGAUCAUUCUUGUGGGCAACCAAAUGGUGCUCUUGCUCCAUCACCUGUAAACAAUCAACUGCUUGGAGCAAUGCCCAAAGCAGGAAGUUUUCCUCCAUUGGGUGCUCAUGGGCCUUUUCAACCUGCCCCAACACCAGUUCCUACACCCCUUGCUGGUUGGAUGUCCAAUCCUUCAGCUGUAACCCAUCCAGCUGUCUCUGGUGGACCGAUUGGUCUCAAUGCACCUACAAAUCCUGUUGCAAUUUUAAAGCAUCCAAGGACACCUCCAACAGCCAACCCUCCGAUUGAAUAUGCAUCUGCAGAUUCUGACCAUGUUUCGAAAAGAACAAGGCCCCUCGGGAUGUCUGAUGAGGUAAAUCUGCCUGCCAAUAUACUGCCAGUUUCCUAUCCUCAGAACCAUAACCAGCCUACAUUUUCCCUGGAGGACUUACCAAAAACAGUUAUGCGAACACUGAGCCAAGGAUCAAACCCUAUGAGCAUGGAUUUUCAUCCAAUCCAGCAAACUAUUCUUCUUGUUGGUACAAAUGUGGGUGAUAUUGCAUUAUGGGAUGUUGGCACUAGGGAGAGAUUAAUUCUUAAGAACUUCAAGGUGUGGGAGCUUGGAACUUGCUCCAUGUCCCUGCAGGCUUCUUUGGUUAAGGAUCCUGCUGUAUCAGUUAAUCGCAUCACAUGGAGUCCUGAUGGAACCUUGUUGGGUGUUGCUUACUCAAGGCACAUCGUGCAAAUAUAUUCUUAUAAUGGUGGUGAUGAUAUCAGACAACACUUGGAGAUUGAUGCUCAUGUUGGCGGCGUCAAUGAUAUUGCAUUUGCUCAUCCCAAUAAGCAGCUUUCUAUAAUCACCUGUGGAGAUGAUAAGACAAUUAGGGUUUGGGAUGCAACUGGUGGCACAAAACAGUUCACCUUUGAAGGACAUGAGGCACCUGUUUACUCUGUUUGUCCACAUCACAAAGAAAACAUUCAGUUUAUCUUUUCAACGGCAUUGGAUGGAAAAAUAAAGGCAUGGUUAUAUGACAAUUUGGGAUCGAGGGUGGAUUAUGAUGCUCCAGGGCACUGGUGCACGACAAUGGCUUAUAGUGCUGAUGGUUCAAGGCUCUUUUCAUGUGGAACAAGUAAAGAAGGGGAAACAUUCAUUGUGGAGUGGAAUGAAAGUGAGGGAGCUGUGAAGAGGACAUACCAAGGUUUCCGUAAACGUUCUUUGGGAGUUGUGCAAUUUGAUACCACUCGAAACCGGUUUUUGGCUGCUGGUGAUGAAUUUCUUAUCAAAUUCUGGGAUAUGGAUAAUAUCAAUUUACUAACAACUGUUGAUGCUGAUGGUGGCCUACCAGCAAGCCCAAGGAUGAGAUUCAACAAGGAAGGAACAUUAUUGGCCGUUUCUACUCAUGAUAAUGGAAUUAAAAUUUUGGCAAACGGUGAUGGAAUUCGCCUAUUGCGCACACUUGAAAAUCGCUCCUUUGAUACUUCUAGGGCUGUCUCAGAAAGUGCAACAAAGCCUAUAGUAAGCCCAUUGUCUGCUGCUGCUGUUGCAACAACUUCUGCAAUAACUGAUAGAACUGCACCAGCUAUGGCAAUAGCUGGAAUGAAUGGAGAUGGCAGAAACCUGGUUGAUGUCAAACCUAGAAUCACUGAUGAAUCAAUGGAAAAAUCAAAGAUCUGGAAGCUUACUGAAGUCAAUGAACCAGCUCAAUGUCGAUCUUUAAAACUCCCAGAUAGUCUUAGAACAAGCAAGAUUUCUAGGCUAAUUUACACCAAUUCUGGGGUUGCCAUUUUGGCUUUAGCUUCAAAUGCAAUUCAUCUACUCUGGAAGUGGCCUCGUAAUGAACGGCAUUCAAGUGGAAAGGCGACAACAGGUGUUGCUCCUCAGUUGUGGCAACCACCAAGUGGCAUAUUGAUGACUAAUGAGAUAACUGACACAAAUCCUGAAGAAGCAGUCCACUGUUUUGCACUUUCAAAGAAUGAUUCUUAUGUUAUGUCAGCAUCAGGAGGGAAAAUAUCGCUAUUCAACAUGAUGACAUUUAAGACUAUGACAACGUUCAUGGCACCUCCGCCAGCAGCUACUUUUCUUGCAUUUCAUCCACAAGAUAAUAAUAUAAUUGCUAUAGGAAUGGAAGAUUCCACUAUUCAGAUCUAUAAUGUUCGAGUUGAUGAGGUAAAAAGCAAACUUAGGGGGCACUCUAAGAGAAUUACCGGUCUUGCCUUUUCAAGUGUUCUGAAUGUGUUGGUAUCAUCUGGAGCUGAUGCUCAGCUUUGUGUGUUUGGAACCGACGGAUGGGAAAAGCAGAGAAGUAGAUUUCUGCAAAUACCUUCUGGGCGCACACCAGCAGCGAUCUCAGACACGCGUGUUCAGUUCCAUCAAGACCAGAUACACUUCCUAGCUGUGCAUGAAACCCAGAUUGCUUUAUAUGAAACAACUAGAUUAGAAAUUGUGAAGCAGUGGUCUCCUCGUGAGGGUUCCACACCCAUUUCACAUGCGACAUUCUCUUGCGACAGUCAGCUAAUAUAUGCUAGCUUCUUAGAUGCCACCAUAUGUAUAUUUAAUGCUACCAAUCUCACUCUACGAUGUCGUAUUCUUCCAGCUGCUUAUCUUACUGGCAAUACCAGCACUACCGUAUAUCCACUUGUGGUUGCUGCCCAUCCAUCAGAGCCAAAUCAAUUUGCCUUGGGCAUGACAGAUGGUGGAGUAUAUGUAUUAGAGCCACUAGAAUCAGAAGGUAAAUGGGGUGUUAAUCCACCUGCAGAGAAUGGUUCAGCAAGUAGUAUGUCCACCACACCACCUCCUGGAGCUUCUAAUUCAGAUCAACCACAGAGGUGACGGAAACAAUCACAAGCACAAAAUUUAACCCUUUUCCUCUAACUGAGGUAUGCAGCAGCAUUCAAGAUGAUCUACACUUUAUAGGGUCUACCGUCCGAUUACAUCAGACUGAUGUUUUAUGUAUGCCUUCGUCUGCAGUGGUGUAAUCCUAAAAAGAGUCUUAGGGAUAUAGGUCCUACAAGCAGCCGAGAGAUUUCUGCAGUACACUUCCCUUUGUAUGUUGGGAAAGAAAUAUUCCAUGGCAGAAUUGAUUAUGUUGCUUAUGUAACGCGAAGGUUGUCUUUGAUAUGGACCAAAACCCAGAUAUCUGAUGUGUGCUUGAAUUUAAUUUCUCCUAGGUAGGUAUUGACUGACGUGAAAA